AUGUCAUUACUCCUUGAAUCUGAUUUGGGAACUUCGAAAUAAAGAAGGUAAGGUAUUUAAUAAUUAAGAGUCAAACAAUCAAAGGAAUUUUGAAGUAUCGUUAAGGGUUCACCAUGCCCCAUUGUGAUAACAAUAGUGAAGAUGCAUCAUUCGAGCCAAAUGUAUGUUCAAAUAGAAAAAUUGAAUUACAAUAACCAGUCUAAAACACUUUUAAAGGAGAUUGUUUGAGUCCAGAUCCAGACCCUGAUUUUGAGGAAGAAAGUAAGAGCAUACUUCAAAUAGAGAUUAAAGAAAAAACUAAUUUAUGGGUCCAUGGAGGAUUAAGAAUAAUGUUUUAUAUCACUAAAUUUAUAAAGUAAAUGAAAACUCAUUCUACUGAAGUAAAGUUCAAAUCAUUAACAAAUGAGAUAGUUGGUUUAAUAUAAGAUUAAGCAAGCGAUGCAGAUAAUUUAUUGCAUAGAUUGAAUAAGGUUGAAUAAGUAAUGCAGAAUUUGAAAUGGGUUUUGAAUUAGCUACCUGUAUUAGAUCCUGAUUCAAAUGUUAAAAUAAUUUGGGACAUUUUUGUAUUAACCUAAAUUAUUAUCAACAUAUUCUACAUUCCAAUGAAGUUGGGAUUUGGUUUUGAUAGAGAAGACUUUUUAAGUAGUAUAUUUUUAGAAACCUUACCUUCUUGGACCUUUGUUAUAGAUAUAAUAUUAACAUUCUUUACUGCUUUUUAUAGUUAAGGUUAAAUACAUAGAGAUAAGUAGGAAAUUCUAAAACAUUAUGCAAGUCUUUAAUUAUGGUGGGAUUUGAUGAUUGUAAUUCCAUUUAUUUUAUCUUCUUAUUCAGUUCCUUACACAGAAUAUAUUUUAUUAUUAAGAGUGACAAAAGUAAAAUCAAUGAUUGAAGCAAUUGAAGAAGUCACAAAUCCAUCAAUUAAUGUAUAAACAUUAUUGGAACUAUUCAAAUCAAUGUUUUUAGUAUUAUUUGUGUCUCAUUUUUGUGCAUGUUUAUGGAAUCUGAUAGGAGAAAAUUAAUUAGAAAAUGGAAAGAAUUCAUGGUUGAUAGCUAAGAAUAUAACUGAUGCAAGUUGGCUUACAAAAUAUAUACAUGCAUUCUAUUUUAGUACUAUCACUACUUUAACAAUUGGUUAUGGUGAUAUAGUACCUUAAACAGAUUUAGAAAGAAUCUAUGUAAUUUUAAUGGCUAUGGUAAUAUGUGGUCUAUUUGGAUAUACAAUUUCUAGUAUAGGAAAUAUUUUAAGACAAAUGACUGAAAAAGAACAACAAUUCAAAUAAUAAAUGAUGCAUAUAAACAACUUCCUUAAAAAGAAAAACAUUAAUAAAUAAUUAAUGUUAUAAGUUCGAAAAUACUUUGAAUAUUUUUUAAGGAUGGAAUAAGAUUAUAAUGAGUUAGGUGAAAAAAUGAUGAUCAAUCUAGAUAAGAAGUUAAAAGAAUAGGUUGCAAUAGAUAUGUAUUGUGAAAUGCUAAAGAAAUCUAGACUAAUCAAAUAGACAUUAUCAUUAAAAAGUGUUCAAAAAUUAUGUUCAUUUGUACAUGAGCUUAAAGUGCCUCCAGAAGAAAUUAUAGCAGCAUAAAAUGAUUAAGCUAAUAAGUUAAUAUUUAUUUAAAGUGGAUAAUUGAAUUUGAUUUGUAAUUUAUUAUUUUAUUUAUUAUUUAAGGUGAUUAAAAAUUAAGAGAAACUAUAGUCGCAACAAUUGAGGAAGGCAGAUUCGUAGGUGAAAAAGAAUUCAUUACUUAAGCACGUUAUGAUUAUUCAAUUAGAUCAACUAAAUUCUGUUAAAUUGCAUUCAUCAAGUUAAUUUAAUUUUUAAAAUAGUUAUGAGGAUUUUCUUAGGAUUGUUAGAGAAGAUGCAUUAGAAGAAGAGAAUUAUUGCAUGCUUAGAGAUCAAAUGUUGUUUACUGAAGAGAAAUAAAAUUAUGGUGAAGUUUGCUGUAUAUGUAAAUGGACUCAUCAAUUUAAAAAGUAUACUUCUAAAUUCAAUUAGUUGUCCUUUAGUUUUCGUGCAUUUUAACUAAGAUAGAAUCAGAAAGAAGUUUAUGAUGUCAGAAGAUAUGUUACGUACCUCACAUAAUAGAGUCUAAAUUAAGAGAUUGUUUUAGAGGAAUAUUAUUAGAGAACAUGCUUUAGCUAUUAUUGUAAAUGAUAAUAUCAUUUCUAUUGAUGAUUUAACAGAUCAAUAUUUAGAUAUAUUAGGUUUUAAUAUGGAAGAUGAUUAAAAUGGAAGAUUGAUCAAGACUUUAAAAAGUCAAAAGUCUAAUAAAUCUAUUCUAAGAGGAUUUACAGGAUUUGAAUAAUUUAGUAGUGAUUCCUCUGACAGUGAUGACUCCAGUUCAUAAUUUAAUAAAAGUAAAACCCCUAAAUCAUCGAAAUAUUCCCAUUUGUAAAGUAUGGAAUUAAAGAAGGUUAAGUUUCAUCCUACUCCAGAGCCAGAACCUAAAGUUCUUAGGGCAUAGAAUUCAUUUAGAAGGAAAGCAGAUAAUAGACAUAAAACUCUUUAAAGAUUAACAUAAAUAUCAAAUAAUCGAUUUACUAAUAUUAGUUGUAUUUCAUAAGAUUAAAUUCCAUAAUAAUAAUAAUAAUAAUAAUAAUAAUAAUAAUAAUAAUAAGUUUAAUGUAGUGUUUAAAAACUAAGAAAAAAUAAUUCAAGUUCAUAUUCAAAUAUGGAUCUUGAAAUGCCAACAAAAUCUCAAUCUAAAUCUGAAGUCACUGGUAGUAAUAUGGUUAAUUAAUUGGAUGAAGUAAUUUCAUUAAAACCUAGUGAAUCUCCUAAUUAAAUUUAGAGAGUAGAUUUUGAAUUAGAUAGAUAUUUUAUUACAACCUACUAUUUUACUAAUUACAAUUUAGAUAAAAUCCUAUAAAAACUUCAAAAACCCAGAAGAACAAUUAGAUCUGAACAUAUACAAAGUAUUAUUAGAAAAUCAAAAAUAAAACCAAGUUAAUAUACACCUUUAUCUGAUUGA